AUGGCCAGCCAGUCCCAAGGGAUCCACCAGCUCCUACAGGCAGAAAGAAGGGCCAAGGACAAACUGGAGGAAGCCAAGAAGAAAAGUGGGACUGCUUCAGGAAAAGGAAAGCGAUUGAAACAAGCUAAGGAAGAAGCCAUGGCAGAAAUUGACCAAUACAAACUGCAGAGAGACAAGGACUUCCGAAUGAAACAGUCGAAGGCCAUGGACUCUCAAGGUGAUCUGUCAGAUGAAAUAGAAGAACAAACUCAACAGAAGAUACGACAACUGAAGGCAAACUACAACAAGCACAUGGAAAGUGUAAUGAAGCAGCUUUUGAACAUGGUCUGUGACAUCGAACCAGAAAUCCAUGCGAACUACAGAGCUACCAACUAA